CUAUGUAAACGCGAGAUACUUUGUACACCAGACUGUCUAAUCCCAAACAACUAUACUAGUAGUUCUUACUUAUUUAUAUAACACAAGUAGAAGGGGGAGGUGAAGAGAGAGAGAUAGAUAGAUAGAGAGAGAGAGAGAAUGAAGUUCUUGUUCCAAUGUCCAUGUUGUUCUUGUUUUUGUUUCAUGAAGCCCCAAAAAGGAAAACCAAAAGCCAAAGAAGAAUCAAAACCUAAAGCCAAAGUUGAAGAAGCAAAACCUAAAGAUAAGAAGGUAGAAGAAGCAAAACCAAAAGAGAAAGAAGAAAGCAAGCCACAAUGAAAGAAGAGGCAAUGAGAUAAUGCAACUAUAUAUUAUGCUCAUACAAGUAAUAUUGUUCUUCAUUUACUUCUAGUUUAAAAUAUUUAUUGUGUGCUAUUGCAAUCUUUAACUCUUUUGAGAAAAACCUCAUCCUAAAUGUAUUCUUAUAACAAAAUAUUUGCACUUUAUUCACUAUGAUGAUGAAAUGCAUACCUAGUAGUUAUUAUUAA